UGGCACAGCGCCAAGCGCCAGGCCGCCAUGGACAGGCCACGGCCAGGUCCGUCAGACCAGCCGGCCGAGCCCGCAGCCAUCACCCAACGAAGCUGCUGCGCCCCACGGACGAGUAGCGCAGAAGCCCAGCCGCUGCAUCUCGCCCAGCCAUCCAGGCAACAAGCGCCUCGCCGCAACCUUCUCGCGUCAGAUCCAGGCCAACCCCGCCUUCCAGCGCCAGCCGAAGAAAGACCCCGCCGCCGCCGUCACCGGAACUUGCCGUGCUUCGCCGGCCGGCGCAUCUGGCGGCGGCGAGAUGAGGGGAGGGAAUGGAGGAACGACGGUGCGGCGAGAGUUUCGCCCCCCGAGUCGCCAGGAAGCGGGCGACGCGGGGGUGGUAGCAGAUCGGUUGGCCAUUGAUGUCUGGGAUAGGAACAAAGGAUCCUGUUGGGGAGGUGAGCUGGGCAAACUUUCUAGUCAACCUCCUGAGCCUACGGCAGCUCCUCCAUCACAAUUAAAAGAACGACUAUGACAUGCGAGGAAACUUUCUAGUCAAGCUCCUGAGCUUUCAGCAAGCUAGAUGCAAUUCGUCCAAGUCUUCUUUGCCGUCUGCCCAAGGCCAUAUUUCCAUAAAAAGCCUUCCUGAAGAGAGAAGAACAUAGACAAGUGUGACCCUUCUCCUUGUGCUCAUGGAUGGCAGCUGUUACAUCGCAGAAGUUCCCCAGUUAGUCCAUACUGCUGACUUGCUGAGCAAAGCGAAGACAAGUCACCAUGAUUUUUCCAUGGUGUAUGAAAAGAUCAGCUGAUGUGCACUUCCAGGACCAGUCUAUAUCAUCGUGGAAUCUUAUUUCUUCAGUCUGGAGGUGGAGGUAGUCCAUUACCUAACUGAUAUUUUUCAGCACCUACGGCCAUCGACAUACAGAACAACAAACACCACCAGCCUACAAUUAUUCCACCGCCUCCUCCUGCCCUCUGUUCGAUUCCCUGGUUAUUUAGCACCCUUCGAUCGGAGGAACUGAAGAUGGAGCUUGCCCUAUCUGCAGUAGCAGGUGAACUCGUGAGCCGAUUCCUCUCCUUCCUCGCCGACAGGUACCUCCACUCUAGCCACCCGGCACAAUGGGAAGAGAAGCAUCUGAAGAAGUUGCGGCAGCUGCUCCUGAGAGCUCACACGGUCGUCGAGGAGGCUGAUGGAAGAUACAUCACCAACUCCGGGAUGCUGGCGCAGCUCAGCAUGCUCGCUGAUGCCAUGUACCGUGGCUACUGGGCACUAGGUGCGUCCAGGUACAUCUCACUCGAAAAGUCUAUGGAGGAGGGGGUUGUUCGCAAUCCAUCUCCUCCCAAACGUUUUCGCAUGGUUCAUGGAAGUGCUAGAAAGAACAAGGCCACAUCCCUCGUUGACUUGCAGGGCGCGUUGGAGAGCUUGGAGGAUGUAGUCGCUGGCAUGACGGAGUUUGUUGUUCUUUUGGGUGGUUGCGACCGUAUGCUGCGUCGACCAUACGAUGCGUAUCUAUACAACGACAACAUCAUGUUCGGACGUCACGCCGAGAAGCAAAAGCUCCUGAACUUCAUGUUGUGGCACAACUCUCCUGGUGGUGGUGCGCCGGCUAUCCUUCCCAUCAUCGGUGCUCCUGAAGUCGGGAAGAGGACUCUGGUCGCCCAUGUAUGCAAGGACGACAGGGUCCGCUCACACUUCUCUUCGAUCCUGCACCUGAAUGGUGAUUCCUUUAGUAGCCUGGUAGACCAUGAUCGUAGCCUCUUGCCAGGCAAGAUACUGGUGGUUGUUGAGCUUGUUUCAGAUGUUGACGAGGACGAUUGGGCCAAGUUCUGUUCAGCCGUAGCAACAAGCAUGGACAAUGGAAGCAAGGUGGUCAUCAUCAGCCGGCUUAAAAGUACAGAGCGACUCGGAACAGUUGAGCCAAUCCUUCUCAAUACCCUGUCAUACGAGGAGUUCAGCUACCUCUUCAAGACACUCGCGUUCGGGAGCGCGAAUCCGGCACAGCACCCACGGUUAGCACGGAUAGCAGACGACUUGGCCAGGGAGUCCAGGGAAUUCCACUCGGAAUAUUCACUCUGCGAUGCAAACAUAUUGGCUGAUUUAAUGAGAAGGAAUCUGAACAACCGUUUCUGGUUCGGCAUGCAGAGCAGGGUGAGAAAGACCGUCGAGAAGAACCUAUCCAUGUUCGGGGCGCACCCGAGGUUGCUCGCCCAGAGACGCCAGCAGAUAGACAUUACAGACUUUGUCUUGCAUCCUGCUGCUUCUCCACUGUGCAUCGUGCCUUCCUAUACCAGCGGCAGCAGCCGCACUGAGGUUGUUGUGGGAAGGGAGUUUCUUCCAAGGGUGAGGCUUGGGGAUCUUGUGAUGGAUACUGGAGUUCGUCCACAAGGGGAUUUCAAUGUGGUUGCGUGGGAAUCAAGGUUGCCGCCUUACACCUCAUUAGUUCUAUUCGUUCCAAAUGGAGAUGGUGCUCCAGGUGUGGUGGAACAGAGUACUCCCCUGUCUGGGAGGAAGCGUGCAACGGUGCCUUUGUAAGGCCUUUUGAUUUGAACGAUUCCUACGGGGAUUUUGAAGAGUUGGAAUCUCAAGUAUUCGCUCAAUUUACAAAUAGAUAGUUUAAAUAUUUACAUGGUCUUCAAUACAUAUCUUUUAAUCAUGGAAACCUUCUAGGAAGUCAUGUAUUUAUGAACUGUAAUUUGUGUGUGUAAGAUGUUUAAUUUGUAGGAUUGUCUCUUAGGGGUUUUAUCUAAAGAACCAUUUGUAUUGCAUUACAUAGGAAGUUUUUCAAUGACCUAAACUUCUUGGAAAAUUUUGUUCUUUUGGUGCACUCGAUUUUUCAUCAA